AUGAAAUUUUUACGAAUUCUUACCGACACACCAGAAAAAGAAGCAAUAGAGGCUGAAGCAACUGCUCGGAAGAUAAAAAAAGUUGUUCCGUUGAAACAUGACGAUCUUUUAUCAACGACAAACAAACAACAAUCUCGACAGAAACAUGCAACCCCACCACAGUCUUCUUCAAAUGAUGAAGAGGAAGAAAGCGAGUUGGGCGGAAGCAGCGAAGAUAUUUCAGAUGUUGAAAGCUACGAAAGAGAAAUGCUUCAGAUUAAAGCUCUUGAGGAUGUCAAAACCCUCCAAGUGGGAGACUUUGUUUUGGUUAAGUUUUGCACAAAGACUUCAACUAUGCAUUAUGUGGGUCUGGUAAUAUCAAAGGAAGAUGUUGAAUACGAGAAGAUAAGAAAAUCGCACAGCAAUAGCUACAUUCACAUUCAAGUCGACAGUCAAGUUGAAGAAAACACAAACACCCACGACAAUUUACUAUUAGAUGUCAGAAAUAAAUUAGCUACCGAGCUGGCCAAGAACGAAGGGCUGAGUAGCGCUAUAAUGUCAUUAAACUGCAAGAUAGAGAAACUAACACAGAAGCUGAAGUACAAAGAUAAGACUAUAGAACAACGUGAAGGAAUUAUAAAUAAUGUAAAAUGUAAGACAGUCGUUACUGAUCGGUAUGUGCAGACGGACCCAAGUAGUAGAAACAGUAUCCAUGUACAGACUCAAGCAGUCACAUCAAAUAGCACACAAACUCAGACACAACUAACACCGAUAAAAAACCAACCUAAAAGGGAUAAAAAUCACCUAGACUGUAUCAAAGCAAAUCCUACAGAAGCAAAUACCACAGAAGACAAGAGGUGUAAGCUAUUAAUCCUGGCAGAUGAGCAAGGGCGGAAUCUGAUACAUAUACUUCGAGGAGUUCUUCCCUUGGAUCAGUUUGCGGUUACAUCGAUGUUACAUCCCAAUUCCCAACUGAACAAUAUUAUCAAAGAUGCACGAAAACUAACAACUGAUUUCACGAAGUCCGACUAUGUACUCAUCAUGGACGGUUCUAAUGAUGCGCUGACAAAAGGUUUCAUUCAAUGUGAACCUCUCAGAGAAACUUUAAAAGUACUGAAAGCUACCAACGUAAUAAUAGCUGCAGUACCGAAAUAG